GCAACACGAAAGUCAACCUUCUUCAACCAAAGUCGACAGAAAGAUUGUAGAGAAAAACAGGCGAAGCCAAAUGAAGAAUCUUUAUUCUGAACUCAACUCUCUUCUCCCUAGUUAUAAUCCCAAGCAAGUGGUGGCAGUGCCUGAUCAAAUAGAUGAGGCGACGGAGUACAUCAAAAGGCUGGAGGAAAAAGUGAAGAUGGCGAAGGAGAAGAAAGAAAGGUUAAUGGAAAGUAAGAGAAGUGGAAGUGGUUUUGAAACAAGAGGAAGCGAAAAGCCGCCAAAAAUGGAGAUUCAUGUAAGGGGUUCUGUGCUUAAAGUCAUUCUAACAUGUGGGCUCGAUAACCACUUUGUUUUCUGUGAAGUUAUCAGAAUAUUGCGUGAAGAGAAUGUUGAGGUAAUCAGUAGCAGUUAUACAAUUUUUGGAGAUUCAGUGAUUCAUGUUGUGCUCGGGGAGGUUGGACAAUCUAUGAUCCAUUCUGGAGCUAGCAAAGUGAGUGAGAAGCUGAAAUGGUUCUUAAACGGAUCCAUCUGUAAUGAAGAAGUGGAGCCUGGAAUGUUAUGGGGUUCUGAAAUUGGAGCUACUCUUCCAUGGGUUCUUCGAGAUCCUACCCCACACAAUGCCUUACAACCAAAUCCUCAGUAAAAUUAAGGUUUAAACCAUUUAGUUGACCUUAUUUUUGGGAGGUUUUUCCAUUUUGAUCAUCGUCUUAUUAGAAUCCUCUAUCAAUUAGCACUUAUAGGGACUUAAUUCAUGCCACGUUUCAACUCUAAAUAAGUUACUUUUAUAGAAAUUAAUAGGUCAU